AUGGUUGAUUACUACGAAGCACUGGGCAUUCCACAACUCGCCUCUUCAGAUGACAUUAAAAAAGCGUAUAGGAAAAAUGCCCUGAAAUGGCACCCAGAUAAAAACCUGGGGAAUAAGGAAUAUGCUGAGAAGAGGUUCAAGGAGAUAGCAGAAGCAUAUGAAGUGCUAUCAGACAGGUCAGGGUCUUCUUCCCUCUCCCUUCCAGAUUAUAAGCGUGAUCUUUAUGACCUCUAUGGCAUCGAAGGACUUUCAAGCGCAAGUACAGGAACUGAUCAUUAUCAGAGCUCAGGAGGGACACCUGACUUCAUGUUCACCUUUCGUGAUGCAGACGAGGUCUUCAGGGAAGUCUUUGGAGAACAAGAUCCUUUCACAGAAUUCUUUGAUGAUUUCCCCCCAUUUAUAGUUCAGGAUGAUGGAGUGUCUCAGUUGAUCAUGCCAGGAGGUGUCACCUACUCCUACUGUUCCUAUACUUCCCCGGGCCAGACAGACUUCUACACCACCUUCGGACCUGGUGCUGAAAUGGGAAUUGGCUUCCGGUCGAUCUCCACAACAACCAAGUGCAUCAGUGGCAAGCGGAUAACUACCAGGAGAAUUCUCGAGAAUGGUCAGAAGACAGUGGAGAUUGAUGAGGAUGGGGAGCUCAAAGUGGCAGACGUGUAUGACCUCAGCAACAACAUGAAGGCCAGAGUGGAACAGAUCAGUCAGGAGGUGUCAGAGAUCCCGAGCGCCUCUGCCACCGACAUCCUGGCUCCGCCACGCUCGCAGAGUGCCGAGUCUGCUGUUGCCUACCCUGAGGAGGAGGACAAGGACCUGUAUCGGGCCAUGGCCCACAGUCUGUCUGAGAUGGAGAAUGUGGGGCAGCACCUAGUUAGCUCUCAUAGCCCAAAGAAGAGACGAGGCAGCACUCGGCGGGCACACAAAAGAAUACUAGGACCCAGUGAGGAAGUGGGUAGUCCUUUGGUCUCCCACACCAUGGCCAUCAGAGCCACAAGUCCAGGUGGGGGAGACAACAAGAAGGAGACGGAGGACAAGCUGGCUGAAGGGCCAAAGACGGGAGGCAGCACAGGAGCACCGAGGAGUCCGCUUGCGUGUGAGGAGAAUGAUUCUACCCUUAGAGACAUCCCAUAUAUCAUUCCUGAGAUAGUUCCUACCCGCAAAGACAGGGGAUCUGUCACAUGCAUCAUUCUCUGA